GGUCGGCGCGGGCGGGUAAUCCCGAGCGGGCUGUGGGGCCACCAUCCUGUAUCCAACCCAGCCCAAGCUUGUCCUGCGCGGCCGCCCGGCAUGCCCCCUCGGCGCCCAGUCCUAUCGGGGCCAAUCUCUGCCGAGAGACCGGACCUGGACGCCGGGUGUUCAUAAGAAUGGAAGCAGUGUUUCUUUGCCAGAUUCCUUAUUGCUGCAUCUCAUGAAUCUACAUAAUCCUGAGGCAGAGCCUAAAUUUAAGGAUGACAAACCUGUCACCACUGUAACAACAACAGAGUGAGGGCAAAAACGAGUAAAGAUAAAGAAGUGUUUAAAUUAAUAUUCAACAAGGAAGUCAUUUCAGUCCACAACGUCUGCUGCAUAAUUUUUCCAAGAUGAACCGAUACACGACCAUGAGACAGUUGGGGGACGGCACCUACGGGAGUGUGCUGAUGGGCAAGAGUAACGAGUCUGGGGAGCUGGUGGCCAUCAAGAGGAUGAAGAGAAAGUUCUAUUCUUGGGACGAAUGUAUGAACUUGAGAGAAGUGAAGUCUCUGAAGAAACUUAAUCAUGCCAAUGUGAUUAAACUGAAAGAAGUUAUCAGAGAAAAUGACCAUCUUUAUUUUAUAUUUGAAUAUAUGAAAGAAAACCUCUAUCAAUUAAUGAAAGACAGAAACAAAUUGUUCCCUGAGUCAGUCAUCAGAAAUAUUAUGUAUCAGAUAUUGCAAGGGCUGGCGUUUAUCCAUAAACAUGGCUUUUUCCAUAGGGACAUGAAACCAGAAAACUUGCUUUGCAUGGGCCCAGAACUUGUGAAAAUUGCUGAUUUUGGACUUGCAAGAGAAUUGAGGUCACAGCCACCAUAUACUGAUUAUGUAUCUACCAGAUGGUACCGUGCUCCUGAAGUUUUACUAAGAUCUUCAGUGUACAGUUCUCCCAUUGACGUGUGGGCUGUGGGAAGCAUCAUGGCCGAACUCUAUACCCUAAGACCUCUGUUCCCCGGGACAAGUGAAAUUGAUGAAAUCUUCAAAAUCUGCCAAGUUUUAGGGACUCCCAAGAAAAGUGACUGGCCAGAAGGAUACCAGCUUGCAUCCUCUAUGAAUUUCCGCUUUCCUCAGUGUGUUCCUAUAAACUUAAAAACCCUUAUUCCCAAUGCCAGUAAUGAAGCCAUUCAGCUAAUGACGGAAAUGUUGAAUUGGGAUCCAAAGAAACGACCAACAGCAAGCCAGGCAUUGAAACACCCAUAUUUUCAAGUUGGACAGGUGUUAGGCCCUUCCUCACAUCUUCUGGAAUCAAAACAGACUUUAAAUAAGCAGCUGCAGUCAUUAGAAUGCAAGCCAGCUCCUGCUGACCUAGACCCCAAGCCUCUGUCAGACGUAACCGACCAGACUGUCGGACAGCCCCAGCCAAAGCACAGCCACCUACCACUGCAGUCCAUUCAGCCGCCACAGGACGGGGACCUCCAGCAGCCUCCAAAGCAACAGAGUCAACCGAGACCGCCACAAACACUGUUUCCUAGCAUCGUCAAAAACCUGCCAACUAAGCCAAAUGGUCCACUGGCUCAUAAAAGUGCUAGAAGGCGUUGGGGUCAGACUAUCCUCAAGGCUGGAGACAGCUGGGAAGAGUUUGAGGACUGUGAUUUUGGAGCCUCCCAUUCCAAGAAGCCAAGCAUGGGUGUUUUCAAAGAAAAGAGGAAAAAAGAUUCUCCACUUCGGCUCUCAGAGGCAGUACCCUCAGGCUUCCACCACUCCACAGAGGAAAACAAGAGCUUACCUGCUGCCGUCCACCUAAAGUCUGACCCCCAGCUGUCAUCUGCAUCAGUGGCUAAACAGUACUACUUGAAACAAUCAAGAUACCUUCCAGGUGUGAAUCCCAAGAAUGUAUCCUUCGUAGCUAGUGGAAAGAAUAUAAACCCAUAUGCUUGGAAUAAUCACCUAUUUCCUAAGUCUCUGGGACCCAUUGGCAGUGAAUUUGCUUUCAAAAGGAGUAAUGCAGAAGAAAGCAUAAUUAAACCAAUUGAAAAACUAUCAUGCAAUGAAAGUUUUCCUGAAAAAUUAGAGGAGCCACAAGGAAAUCUUGGAAGUUACAGUACUUACAAUCCUUCCUUUCUCAAAAAAGAAGUGGGGUCGGCUGGCCAGAGGAUCCACUUAGCACCUCUCGGUGCCACAGCCUCAGGUAAGAGUGACUCAGAGGUGGUUUGAGAUUUCUGAGCAGAG